AUGGCUUCGUCGGCGCUCUCUAAUCUGAUGCUCGCGAUCCACGAGAAGAAGACGAGCUCAGUCGAUCUCUACCGUCCUCUCCGCAACUACAUAACCUUCACCUACUCCGAGCGCGAAGCUCAGCUUCUAGAAGACGAUCUCGAAACCCUCAAUCAACUCCGCUCCGACGUUGAACGCGUCCCAGAUCCGUCUCCCUCCGCCCGGAGAGACCUUCUCAUCUCCUACUACAAAGCCCUAUGCCUCGUGGAGACGCGGUUUCCAAUCUCCCCCGAGAAGCACCACGUCAACGCCGUCUCUUUCCUAUGGCACGAUACCUUCAAGCAGAAGCAAAAGGCCACUCAGCAGAACAUUCAUCUGGAGAAAGCCGCCGUUCUCUUCAACCUCGGCGCUACUUACAGCCAGAUCGGGCUCGGUCACGAUCGCACCACCGUGGAUGGGCGCCGUCAGGCUUCGCAUGCGUUCAUCGGUGCGGCGGGGGCGUUCGCGUACCUGAGGGAUAACGAGUCCACUAAGGCGUCGAUCGGGCAGAGCAGCACCACCGUGGAUGUGUCGGUGGAGUGCGUGGGGAUGUUGGAGAGGCUCAUGUUGGCUCAGGCUCAGGAAUGUGUAUUUGAGAAUACCAUUGCUAAAGGAAGCACUCCUGGUGUUUGUGCUAAAAUUGCUAGACAGGUUGGUAUAUACUACGAGGAAGCUUUGGCUGCGUUAACCGCUCCACCAUUGAAGGAUCAUUUUGAGAAAGGCUGGAUUUCUCAUGUGCAGCUGAAAGCAGCACUCUUCUAUAGUGAAGCUUGUUAUAGGUAUGGAAUGGAGUUGCACGAGAAAGAGGAAAUUGCAGAAGAGAUAGCUCGGCUGAGGAGCGGAAGCAGCCGUUUGGCAGAGGCGAAGAAGUCUUCGAGAGGAGCUCCUGCUCAGCUUAUAGAAGCCAUGAACAAACUAGAGGCGAGCAUUAAUUGCAAUUUGGAUAGGGCUGUCAAGGAAAACGAUAGAGUGUACCUCAUGAGGGUUCCGUCUCCUGCUUCUUUGUCUCCACUUCCGACUUUCUCAAUGGUUAAGCCAAUGAACAUGACUGAGAUAUUGGAUGCAAGCAAGGAGAAGAUGUUUGCCAUCCUUGUUCCGGACAGCAGUGCGAAAGCUCUCUCUAGAUACACUGAGAUGGUGGAUGAUGUGAUUAGGACUCAGGCGGAGAGGUUACAGCAAGCGAGCGAGCUAACUCGGGUGAGGCUCAAAGAGAUGGAUCUUCCUGAUUCUAUUCUUGCUGUGGAUGGUCACUCAACUCUUCCGGCUGAUCUUAGAGAAGAUGUAGAAGCUGUUCAGAUCAGUGGUGGUCCUGCUAGCUUGGAAGCUGAACUCCAGCAACUUAGAGAUCUGAAGAGGGUUAAUCAGGAGUUGUUGGUGCACACCGAAGAGCUUUUGCAGAAAGAAGCAACUGAAGAUACUCAAUUUAGAAGCCAAUUUGGGACUCGGUGGACUAGGCCUCAGUCUAGCACUCUGACAAAGAACUUGCAGGAUAGGUUAAAUCGUUUUGCAGCCAAUUUGAAACAAGCUGGAGAAAGUGAUGUGAAGAUUGAGCGUUCUGUGAGAGAGAAUUCCGCCCUCAUGUCAAUUCUUGAUCGAAGGCCGAUAGAAUCUGCCAUCCCAUCUCUAGCUAAGCCAAUGAUGUCUCUGGACGCAACGGAGGAUGCCAUCGUGGGAACUCUGAAGCAGAGUCUGAGGCAACUGGAAAAUCUUGGUGCUCAGCGCGCAGGUCUUGAAGACAUGCUCAAAGAGAUGAAAAGAAAGGAUGACAUACUGCCAAAGCUGAUGACGAUUACAGGUUCAUAUGAAGAUAUGUUCAGGAAAGAGAUAUCAAAGUAUGAUCACAUCUGUGAAGAUAUUUCUCAAAACAUUGAAGUUCAAGAACAGUUGUUGAGGCAAAUUCAGGCUCAAAAUGAAGAGUUCUCAACUGUUUUUAAUCUUGAAGAUUAUAAAGCAUCCAGAGAGAAGUGCUAUAACCAGAUUCAAGCGGCUAUAUCCAAGUAUCGAGAGAUCAAGGAAAAUGUCAAUGAGGGCUUGAAGUUCUAUGUCACUCUCCAAGAUGCAAUCACGAAUGUCAAACAGCAAUGCAGUGAUUUUGUGAUGACGAGGAGUAUCCAGUGCCGAGAAAUGAUUGAAGAUGUGCAACGACAGAUGUCUGGUCUGAGUUUUCAGGAUCGUAGAAACUCCGGUCCAUACCCAUCUGUACAUCAGCCGACAGCUACAAGUUCGCCUCCUCCACAAGAAACUCAUAAUCCAUCUCAUCCUCACCCACAAGCACCAUACUAUAGACCGCCCGAACAACUGUCAAGACCUGGCUACUCUAUCCCACCCUAUGGUCCACCUCCCCCGUACCACACACCUCAUGGCCAGGCGCCACCACAACCAUACCCUCCUCAGGCCCCGCAACAGCAACAGCCUUAUCCAUCUUGGCAACAAGGCUCGUACUAUGAUCCUCAGGGACAGCAGCCUCGGCCUCCUUAUACCGCCCCGAAUCCGUACCUACACCCGCCUCAGCCUCAGCCUCCUCACCAAGGCAGUGGAUACUACAGGCAUUGAGUUCUACCGUGGAACCAAUAAACUGUUGUGUUAUUGUUCUUAUUUUUUUUUGUUUUCUGUGAGUACUUGAUGAAUAUCUAUCUCCUUUACAUGUUUCUUGAAUGAACUUGAAGUCUUGUUUAAUAAUGACUCAAAUUCUUUGAAUAUUCAAAAUAUAGACAAUGUGAUAUCAGUUGUGUAAA